CAAAUAGUCUGUAAACUAGCGCGAUUUCGAGUUCCCCGAUUUUUCAACCUUACAUUUUGCAUCAACCAUGUCGCUGGUCUAUAUUACCCACCACGAUGAGAAUAUCCUGGAGUGCGAGCAGGAUUUUGUAAAAGCCAGUGGGCCCAAAGAGUCCUUUUAUGUUUUUAGACAUCCUAUUGUGGAGAAGGCUGCCAGGUAUGCCAGGGGAGUCCGCGAUCGCCUCAACAUCGAGGACAAGAAGCUGUCGAUGAUCGUGCAGAAAGAUGGCACUCGCGUCCUCACCGAAGCCAAGAAGUCCCUCCAUCGAACCAUGGGCUGUGCCCAUACUCCCAUCGAUCCGCCGUGCGCCUAUUUGCGGAAAAACCAGGGCAUCAAGUGGCGGCGCGAACGAGAUCAUGUCUGUCCCAAGACCGAGGGCAUGCCGCCGCUGCCACGUCCUGGCAGUUGUCACAAGAAGGGCAUGACUGCGAAUUUUAUUAAACGCAACCGUGAGUGCGCGGGUCAGACGAUUCCUUGUCCACCGCCGCCACGUGUAGUAGACACUCCCGUAGGUACGCGACAGAAUCUGAUGAACUCGGGUUUGGUGCCUCAGUUUAUUUGUCGCAAGGAUUUCGGCAAGGUGCCGGUCUAUCUGAAGAAAACCAAAAAGUUGCUGGCCGAAAUGAAUGCGAUCUGUGCCAAGGAGCAGCAGCGUCUUCUGGAACUGUGUCGCGGCAUCAAGGGAUACACCAGGGCUGCAGGUGUUACAGCAGCGGCGGCUGCUGCAGCUGGUCCACCAGAAAUGCCGGGAAUGCGAGUGAUGGACCAGGCCGAGCGCAACGAGAUUCUGGAGGGACUUCGAAUGAGUUUGACAGAGAUGACCAAGCAGUAUCAAUCCAUGUCGCUGUUAAUCGAUAAUAUUGCCAAGCGGCAGCGCAAGAGUAAGCUGGAGCACGAUCUGCGUCAGGUGGAGCAGGAUAUCCUGCUGAUCGAGACUACGCCCAUUAUUUAUGUUUCCCAGUAUUAGCUGCACCUCAUUAUCUUUUACUUUCUCUCUCCGUUUUGGGGACUAUGUCCAAUAUUGAUCCCAAAAAAUAUGUAUGCCUUGGUUUAAGGUUGAAAAUAAAUUUUACGUUGAUGCAGCUAAAA